GUGCCCGGCGUGCGCGCGGCGGCGAGCGCGCGGCGGGGGCGGGGCGGCAGCCGCGGGCCCACGCCGUAAACAUACAAGAUGGCGGCGGCGGCGGCGGCAGCGGCGCCUGGGGCCUUGGGCGCCUUGCAGGCCGGCCGCGCUCGCUUGGUGGCCGCUUGCUGUGCGCGGCUCGGCCCCGGGUGGAGGCUGCCCGGCUCCUUGACGGGCCCGCGGGUCGGCCCUGCGAUGUGGGCCCGGGGCUGGGCGCCCGUGGCCGGGGGCUCAGCCCCGCGGAGGGGCUACAGCUCUGAGGUGAAGACGGAGGACGAGCUGCGGGUGCGGUACCUGGAGGAGGAGAACCGAGGAAUUGUGGUGCUUGGAAUAAACAGAGCUUAUGCCAAAAACUCAUUCAGUAAAAAUCUGGUAAAAAUGCUCUCAAAAGCUGUGGAUGCUUUGAAAUCUGAUAAGAAAGUACGGACCAUAAUAGUCAGGAGCGAAGUUCCAGGGAUAUUCUGUGCUGGUGCCGACCUUAAGGAGAGAGUCAAGAUGAAUCCCAGUGAAGUCGGUCCUUUUGUCUCCAAAAUAAGAGCGGUGAUUAAUGAGAUCGCUAAUCUUCCAGUGCCGACGAUCGCAGCAAUAGAUGGAGUUGCUCUGGGGGGGGGCCUUGAGCUGGCCCUAGCAUGUGACAUACGUGUAGCAGCUUCCUCUGCGAAAAUGGGCUUGGUUGAAACAAAGUUGGCAAUUAUUCCCGGUGGAGGGGGGACGCAGCGCCUGCCGCGCGCCAUCGGGAUAUCGCUGGCCAAAGAGCUCAUCUUCUCUGCCCGCGUGCUCGAUGGCCAAGAAGCCAAAGCGGUGGGCUUGAUCAGCCACGUUCUAGAACAGAACCAGGAGGGGGACGCUGCGUACCGCAAGGCCUUGGACCUAGCAAGGGAGUUUUUACCUCAGGGACCUGUUGCGAUGAGAGUGGCAAAAUUAGCAAUUAAUCAAGGGAUGGAGGUUGAUUUAGUAACAGGAUUAGCCAUAGAAGAAGCUUGUUAUGCUCAGGUGCAUUCUCCAGGCAGUGAGAGAGCAGGGUGCCCGGCAGGGGGAAUUGAGGUUGCCAAGGACAGCCCAAGACGCGGAGCUCGAGCUGUUGGGGCCAGACCCCAUCGUCCUGUUCCUGCAGCGCGAGGCCAAGAAGACAAGGCUCUUGAGGUGGACACUUCAAUCAUUGAUCUCAGACUCUCCCUCUUUUCUAACGCAGGCAUUGAAACCUGUAGAAGUCCCUUUUGCCACGGCCUUCGCGGCACCCCGUUUUGAUAUGAUGGAUUUUCACUACCACUUGGGCUUGAGAUAUUUUCUAAGCUAUUUGCAACUUCCUUUUUUGAAACGCGUGUUAUUUAGAAGUGUACCCUUUAGUUUCCAAAUAUUGGCGGUUUUCCUGGAUACCAUUUAGCUACUGAUUCCUAAUUUAAUUCGGGCGAGAUCAGAGAAUCUGCGUCGUGUACUUACAGACCUUCUGCAUUUUUUGAGACUUGUGCCAUGUGUAUGUAGGUUUUUAUGUGUACCUGAAAAGAACACGAGAUGAUGUAGAAAUAGCAAUUGGGUUGAAGUAAAUGGCGGUGUCCAGUUGUACGUGCCUACGGACACUUUUUCGAACUGAUCGACACACUGCUGAGAGAGGAAGGUUAACAUCUCUUACUGUGAUUGUGCAGUUGUUGUUUUUUUUUUUCUAGAAAAUUAAGCAACAUAAAAAAAGAAAGGGACUUCUUUCAUCUGAUAAAGGGCAUCUGUGAAAAACCUAGAGUUAACACAAUACUAUACCUACUGUUGAAAUAGUGAGUACUUUCUCUCUAAGAUCAGGAACCAGAUAAGGAAGCAUGCUCUCUCUUAUCACUGUAGUCAUCUCCCUAAGAACUAUGGCUGUAAAACAAAAAAAAGGAUGUAAAAGACAUAGUUGGUAGGGGAGAAGUAAAACUGUCUCAAUUUAAACAUGAUUUAAGCAGGAUUACACCGAAGAGCUCAAAGCAUCUACCAGUAGAAAGCCACUAGUUUAAGUUGCAGGAUACACGGCUAAUAUACAAAAUUAAACUGCACAUGCAUACGCUAGCAGCAAACAAUUGAAUAAUGACAUUUUAAAAAAAUUCCAUUUGUAACAGCAAAUGAAAUAGUUAAAAACACAUUGAACAGAAGAUGUGCAACUCCUGGUCACAGAAAACGACAGAGCACCGUUGAGAGAGACAUUUUAAAAGACUGGAAUACAUGGAGAGAUGUGCCAAGUUCCUGGAUUGAGAGACCCCAUUGCCCAAAGGCGCAUGUUCUCCUCAAAUCGAUCUGUAGAUUCAGUGCAAUCCCACUAAAAGUUCCAGCAGGGUUUUGUGUAGAAAUUGAGAAGCUAAUUCUAAAAUGCACUUGACAGUAUAAUUGACCCUUGAACAACGUAGGUUGGAACUGCAUGGGCCCACUGAGAUGCAGAUUUUUUUUUUUUCCCAAUAUAGUCUAGUCCUGUAAAUGUAUUUUCUCUUCCUUAUGUUUUCCUUAAUAGCAUUUUUUUCUUUUUUUUAAAUUUUUAACGUUUAUUUAUUAUUGAGAGACAGAGAGACAGAGCAUGAGCAGGGGAGGGGCAGAGAGAGGGGGAGACACAGACUCCGAAGCAGGCUCCAGGCUCUGAGCUGUCAGCACAGAGCCUGAUGUGGGGCCCGAACUCACAAACUAUGAGAUCAUAACCUGAGCCAAAGUCAGACGCUCAACCGACUGAGCCACCCAGGUGCCCCCUUAAUAGCAUUUUCUUUUCUCAAGCUUACUUUAUAGGUAAGAACACAGUAUAUAAUAUGUAUGACAUACAAAAUAUUGUGUUAAUCAACUGUGUUAUGGUAAGACUUCUUGCCAACAGUUGGUUAUUAGCAGUUAAGUUUUGGGGGAGUCAAAAGUUCUUUGUGGAUUUCUGUACAGGGGGCUGUCACCCCUAACCUCUGCAUUGUUUGAAGGUCGACUGUACAAAGGACCUAGAAUGGUCCAAACAAUUUUU